GGUGCGUAGUGUGUAUAUAAAUAAGCCUCUUCUCCAAGGGCCGCCCUUCGCCGCUCCAGUUCUUCCGCGCCGUCUCCCUGUCUCCAAACCCUAACUCGGGAGAGACGAAAUGGCCCCAAAAAAAGGUGGGAAGGCACCCGUUCCGGCCAAGAAGAAGCCGGAGAAAGUCGUGAACCCUUUGUUCGAGAAGCGCCCGAAGCAAUUUGGAAUCGGAGGGGCAUUGCCACCGAAGAGGGAUCUGCAUCGGUUCGUGAAAUGGCCAAAGGUUGUCCGGAUUCAGAGGCAAAAGCGGAUAUUGAAGCAGCGGCUGAAGGUCCCGCCGGCGUUGAACCAGUUCACUCGGACUUUGGACAAGAACCUUGCUACAAAUCUCUUCAAGAUGCUUCUCAAGUACAGGCCUGAAGACCGAGCUGCAAAGAAGGAAAGGCUUCUGAAGAGGGCACAAGCUGAGGCUGAAGGGAAGACUGUUGAAGUUAAGAAGCCUAUUGUUGUCAAGUAUGGGCUCAAUCAUGUCACCUAUCUUAUUGAGCAGAACAAGGCACAGUUGGUGGUCAUCGCUCAUGAUGUGGACCCAAUCGAGCUUGUGGUUUGGCUUCCUGCAUUAUGCAGGAAGAUGGAGAUCCCCUACUGUAUCGUCAAAGGGAAAGCCCGUUUGGGAGCGAUCGUACACAAGAAAACCGCAUCAGUCCUGUGUCUGACCACCGUGAAGAACGAGGACAAAUUGGAAUUCAGCAAGAUUCUGGAGGCCAUUAAGGCCAACUUCAAUGAUAAGUUUGAUGAGAUCAGGAGGAAGUGGGGUGGUGGAAUAAUGGGUUCCAAAUCUCAGGCCAAAAGUAAGGCCAAGGAGAAGUUGCUAGCCAAGGAAGCUGCCCAGAGGCUGACCUAGGUCUCAUCGUGUUGUUGUCCAUGGUGCUAUCAGAUUCCGUCCUGUGGAAUUUUUGCUUAAAUUCUUUGACUGAAAUCACUGGAGAGUAUUCUGGAUCUUUAGAUGGUGGAUAAUGUGCUUGUUUACUUGGGACUUUUAUUCAUCUUUUAUCGACUUGGAAUUCCUUUUUCUAA